AUGAAGUUUUACGUUUCCCUUCUCGCUAUAGUUUCUGCUGUCGUUGCGCAGAGCGCACAGAUCGGUGCUCCUCAAACGGGUAGUUCUGUUGUUGCAGGAUCCAACUUCACGGUGAUGAUCGAGAGACCUAAUUCCCUCUCAAGCUCUCAAGAAGUUUCUAUUGUCAUCGGUCUCGCGCCGUGCGGAGAAACUGAAUGUCCUGAUCCCAAGUCCGAACUUGGCGAGAUCCUCUAUCAAGGUCCAUUCAACCCGCAGUACGCCACGCCACCUGACUCCCUCCCUCCUCAUCAAAACUACUCUUUGCAAGUUCCAGCUAGCUUCGCUGUUGGACGAGCUACGCUAGCAGUUGCCCAUUUGUCACUCAUUGGUGCUAUAAUGUCUCCUAAUCUGGAUUUUUCCAAUACAACAUUGACAAUAACGAAUGCUAGCAGUGGUACGAAUGUAACAGCUAGAACUAUCAGGAGCAUGCGGAUACUUGGAAAUCGUACUUGA